AUGUCCGAAACACAUAUUGAUCGUUCUUAUUAUUCACCGCUAUCCAAUGAAAUUGCAUCAUGGCAACGUGAUUAUACACCUGGACCGCUUACUCAGAAUGAGUUUUAUCAAUUUUUUGAAGAUGGUUUUGUUAUUAAACAUAAUUUAUUACAACGAGAUCAAUUAGAACCAGUAAUUCAAAGUAUAGAACGCGUAGUCGAUGAAUUAGCACAAGAGCUUUACCAAGCGGGUAAAAUUCAAGAUCUACAUGAAAAUGAUGGUUUUUAUCAACGUUUAACUGCAAUUGAUUCACAGUUUCCAGGUGCUGCUGUUAUUCUGCAUAAACGUGGUGUUUUGCCACCAGAAAUUGCAUCAUUAUGGUCGAGCAAGACAUUACUUAGUGUUGCUAAACAAUUACUCGGACCUGAUGUUGCUGGACAUCCGGUACCCAAUCAAGAACAAGUCACUGUUCCUUGGCACCAAGAUACUGCUUAUUUAAAUAAAGAAUGUUGGAAUGUUCUUCAAGUAACAGCAUGGAUUCCAUUAUUAGAUGCAAAUAAAGAAAAUGGAUGUAUGCAGUUGUUACCUGGUGGUCAUCGUUCAGGUCGUACUUGUAAACAUAAUUGUUGUGCUGGUAAUACAUGGUAUGUUGAAGUACCGGUUGAAGAAAUGGCAGCAACAUUGAAAACUCCAGUCACUGAAAAAACAGUAUUUACAUGCGAAGUACCAUUCGGUUCGGUUUUAUUUUUGAACAAUUUAAUUCCACAUAAAUCAAUGGAAAACUAUAGUGGAAAUAUACGAUGGAGUUUAGAUUUAAGAUGGCAAAAACCAAAUGAACCGAAUGGAUUUUAUGGUUUAAAAGAUAACAUACUAAUGGCUAAAGGUGACGAUGAAAAUUUUAAGCCGGAUUGGGAAGAAUGGUCAAAGAUUAAUAGAACAAAAUUACAAGAAGCUGUUGUUCAAGAAUCUAUUAAAAAUGAAAUACCAGAAUUAAAAGAACGACAAAAUGAUGAUCCAUUUGACACAACAAUAUCAGGACCAUGGAUGCAUAAUUGGCCAAUUGUACAUCAUAAUAAGCAUACAGCAAACUUAACAAAAAAUACUACUAGAACUGGUUUUAAUGUAAAUCAACAUUAUUUUUCAUUUACAAUAAAUGCUUGUUUUCCUAUUUGUAUUAGAUAUGGUUGUUUAUCACAACAAAUUAUAUUCGGAGCAUCAUUUUCAAUGGGAUAUCAAGAAGAUUUAGAUAAUUUACUUUUUACAUCACCUGUCGCAUUCGGUUUGUCGAUCAAUGAAGAUUUUCAACAACAAGAAAAAGACAAACAAUGUUAG